AUGAAGCGUGCAAAGACGGCCACGACCCAGCAACGAACAUGGCCCCCCAGCCCAGACAACGGCCCGCUCAGGAGGAAGAUGCCUGAAGCUGAGAGGACGCGAAUGCAAGUUGACGAAGAAAUUAAACUCGACGCAGCCGGCCAGAGAGCGAAGAAAAAGCUCCCCAGGCCAAAGUACAGGCCAUACGCGCCGCCCGACUUCGGAUGCCUAAGCCCAAGCAAGAACAGAGGAACCGCCGCGACUAGCCACAUCGUCCUCAGAGAUGCCACCAUCGAACGUGACGGCAACACCAUAACGAGGGUCGAGGCCUGCUUGUUCGGGAGCACAAGCAACCCCCUACCCCCCGAAAUGAAGGAAAGGAACCCACACUGGGGCAGCAUACCCGGAGAAGACGCGACGACGGCAACCACAAUCCCGUUCACAACAUCCCCCCUCCCGAAAAUAGCCCACAAGAACUCUACCCUUGUCGGAAACAUGAGAGACGGCCUGAAGAAACGCCUAGAGACCUCAAAGGACACGUCAGUCCUGAUAAUCCCCUUCGGAGCGGGGAACAGGUUCACCAGGGACAACCCGAGGUACGCUGAACAAGUAGCCACCUUCCUCCAAUCCCUCGAAGGAGCCGGCCCCAACAAGAUCAGUGUUGCACCGCCGUCACACCAGUUCGCCCCCCCCACGAAGGCGCAUUUCGCCAUGCCCUUUGCAUACAUUGCCACCAACAUUCCCCCAAGGAUAAGAGACCUACUCGUACGGCGUCAAACCUUCGCGUUCGAAAUCGACGGGAAGAAACAUGCCUUCAACGCGACAGAGAUACCAGGGGAACGGCCCACAUCAUGGGUAAUAGCCAACUUCGCAGGAGGGUGCAUAACGAAUAACCUAGACGAUAUGACAGCCGCACUAGAGGCGAUUAUCAACACACUCUUCGACAACGAUGGCAUAGCAAGAGAAAUAAACAAAGCCCUCGCAGGGAAGGGAGUGGGGGGAUCCGUCCUCGAAAGGAAGGCCAUAGCCCUAUCAACCAUGAGCCUGUCAUUCGUAGCUCGCAAGGAUGAACACGGCGACGACUCACCAGUAUGGCAACUAGCAGGACGGCCCGUCCACGACAACCUGAAAGAACACCGCGCAUGGCUCAAAGCAAUCCGCCGUAUUACCUUUGAGCUAAACGACAUGAAGUCCAUAGUGUCCACCCCCGAGAAUGUUGGAUGCGUCUGGUGCAAAGCCGAAACGCACAGCAGCGAAACCUGCCCCUUCCCCCAGCUGAAGGACUGGAAGGGGCCGACACACGUGGGAGAAGGGUUCGUAAAACCCGAGCCGCCGUACAGACCGGACAAUGGGAAAAAGAAAGGGAAGGCCACAAAGAGAAGCAAGAAAGGAAAAGAGAACGAGAAGGGAGCAAAGCCCAAGUAA